AUGUCAUCAAAGAUUCCUUAUACCAUCGAGCUAUCGAAUGCAGCUGCUCUUGAAUAUGAAGUCAAGCAAAUGGCAGCUUUGUUUGAACAGCGAGAGUCUGAAGAGAACUGGACAAAGUUUGAAGAAGCGCUGCUCAAGCUAACUGCCAUCACUAGAGGAUCCCACCAACUGUCUGGCUUUACAGCCAUCAUCAAGACUAGACUCAAAACUGCUCUAAUCAAUUGUUUGUCCACUGAGCGCACUCGUCUGGCUCGCACUGCAAUGCUGCUGGUCGAAGCGUUGGGAUCCUUUUUAAAGGAAAGAUUUGAUGCUCUUUCGGACCCUCUGAUGUCUGCUGUUCUCAAGCUCACGGCAAGAGCCAACAGAGUUUAUGUAUCAACCGCAUCAUCAACUCUCAAGUCAUGCAUCGAGUCGUCUGGUGCUGUCACUUUUAUCCCCACUUUGGCAGAUGCACUCAAGAAUGCAAGUAAAACGAUGCGUAUUGCUGCAAUGGAGUGUAUAUGUGCCGUGAUUCGAGUCAAUUCCGUCGAUGCGUUAUCCAACUAUAUUGUUGUUCUUGAGAAUGUUCUUCGUGAGAGUGUUGUCGACUCUACAAACGAAGUUCGUAGUCUAUCUCGAGAUAUGUUCGAUACAUACAGAAAUAGGUUUCCUGAUCGUGUCGACAGAUUUGUUGACGAUCUACCCGAAAUUGCAAGAAAGUAUAUAAAAAUUGAAAAGUCAAAAUCUGGCAAACUGUCUUCAAAACCUCGUCCAAUUUCUAAAGGUUACAGUCAUGAUAAUGGAUUAGGUGUAGAUGAUGCUUCCUUGAAUACACCUUCACUUGCUAAAAAUGCAUCUACGCUAGAAUUGGAUAGAUUGGCAUUAGUCGGUGAAUCUACUACUACCUCGGCACAGUCUACGGUUUCUGCUCCUGUUGCUUUUGGUGGACCACGUCGAGUACUUGGAGAACCUGCCCGUGUAAUUUCCUCUGGAUCCGACCAGUCUCACGCAGAUCAGCCAAGAUCAACGCAGGGUCGAAUGACAUUUUUAACUGAACAUCUCGGUGGUGCGCAACGAGUUGUUCGUCCAGAAAAACCAGUUGCUAACGUUACUUCAGUUAGUUCAGAUUUCACUGGCUUGGCAAAAUUCAAACCAAUGCGAAUUCCUCCAACCUCCACUAAUACCCACAGUUCAUCUCGACCAACAUCCUUUCACUCUGAAGGCUCUCGACCUGCAUCACAGGCUAGCACACAUAGUGUUUCAUCCAAGCUCUCAUCCGAGUCGCUUGCGAAUGCAUCCGAUUUUUCACAACCACGGCGUGCUGCAACAGUUUCGCGCAUCAACCAAUCCAACAUGAUGUACCAGGGCUCAUCUGCAGCCAAUCAUCGGAAAGCUGGUUCAAUGGUCUCUUUAGUCACACCAUCACAAAAUUUGACUGGAAAAAUCAAACGCAACCACUCAACUGCCUCGGUAGGAUCUACACGAAGCUUGGACAAAUCGCGCCAUUCUCAACAUAGUAUCAAUUUAGCAAAGCUCAAGACUGAUAUGCGAAAUUCAGACUGGUCCACUCGUCUCAACUCGCUACAAUUUAUUGCAAAUCAUUUCACUACACUCAAGGAAAAAGGCGAGGCGUUGACGGAUUUGCAGACAAGGACUGAAUUAAAGAUUCUGGAUUUGGUACUACAGGGAAUUACUGAUGCGCAUUUUAGAGUUGUGCAUACUGCGUUGCAGGCAACGCAACUUUUUGUCGAAUCUAUUGUUCUUCCUCGUGCAGUCAUAGAGCAAGUCCUCGUCAAAGUAUCCAGCAUCUAUUACAAUCCCAACUUGAAAAACAAGCACGGUGUAGGUGAAAUCUCUGCCAAUAUUCUUUCACUGUGCAGGGAUAAGUAUGCGGGAGAUGUUCUUUGUGAAGCAAUCAUACAGGAUCUCAAUAACCCAGAGUACGCUAUACACUUGAAGAUGCGUGUCGGAUGUAUUGGGUUUCUUUCUGAUUUAAAUUCGACUCAUUGGAAAGCAUUUUUAAGCAAACCUGCAAGUUGCAAACUGAUGAUGAAUCGACUCAUCACACUAACUACUGAAACGGAUCCAUUUUUUCAGCGCUGUUUGAAGUUUGUCAUUCAAACCAUCAGUGAACUUGGUGGCGAAUCAUUUUGGACAGCAAUCAAGUCUCUUAGAUCCAUAGACAAAAAGGCAAUUGAUGCAUUGUUUGGGGGUGAUAUUGAGCAUGAUAAGAGCAUUUUAGCAAGCGUUGUCAAGCCGACAAAGAUUGGCCAGUCGGGCUCUCCCGCCAACUUGCCCCAUAAAACAACACCCCGCUCAUACUCGAGUGUGUCGCCCAAAGUUUCUGCAAAAAACCUCGCAUCAUACUUGUCACCAUCCCGAUCUCAGUAUUUCAAGAAUUCGGAUGAACUUGUAAGCGGUAAUAAGGAUGAUGACUCGCUAACCACGGUGCAUAGCGAUACUUUAUCACGCAGUUCUUCAAGACCAGUGUCUAUGAUGAGCUACUCUGACGAUCAAUUUGCCGAUGAGGGCAGUACGGGUAGUCUGGAGAAACAUGGAUGGCUUCAUGCAGACAAUAUUGACUCUGUGACAGGGUUAAAUGGAUUGUAUAUAUCGCCGCGUUUGGAUGAUAUUGACAGACAAGCUACGCCCACUCCUCGCUAUGAUAUGGGUAGUUUACGCAUUCAGACCAACGAUGAUGCUACGCCACAUCGUCAUAUUAGACAUUCUACGGCGUCUUCUGCUAGUUCUAUUGAACGUCACACUCUUUUGAACCCCGAUGCAUUCGAUCACGCAAGCUAUGAUAUGACAAGCAGCACUCGCUUGGCUACGCAUAUUCACACAUACUAUGAUCCACAUUUACAGCAGCCUACUCCUGAAGCAGAGGAUGUGAUGGUCACCAAUGGGUUUGAAUUUGCUGCCGAGUUUGAUGAACCAACAACUGAUAUUGAGUUUGACCUUGUGCAACCUGAUAUACUUGAAGAAGUGCUAUUCUCGGACGAUUCUUUGCAGAGCGAUUUUAGAUUUAUCACAUUUGACUCUAAUGUAUCGUCAAAAUCACUAGAGGGACUUGUUCGAGUUUCUCGCAAACGCCGUAGAUCGUUAUGGGGAUCGUGUGCUGGACAAUUUGUGCAAGUGAUUCUUGACGCAUUAGCGAACGAGUCACGACUAGCUUCUAGUAUUAGAAACGCACUGAUCAUGUUACGGGAAUUAAUAUCAAAUCAAACCGAGUUUAUACUUGAGCAUGCAACAGAGAUUUUAAGCUCUGUUUUGCGCUACGAACCAAAUAGCCAUUAUUCCAAAAGUGAAAAAAUGGACAUCUUACUUGAAGUAGAUAGUGUGCUGGCUACAUUUGAGAAUCGGAUUCAAGAAAAGCAGCUGCUUCAAAGUAGCAUUGCUCUUUUGAAAAUGGAUAUUGACAAGCGAUUUUGCUUUGAACUCCUAACAAGGCAUCUAGCUGCUAUGGACAAUGACAGUCUAUGGAACGACAUGGAACAAGACGAUAUAAUAUUCUACCAGCUUGCAUCAGGCUUAAAUUCAAAGAAAUCUGCCACGCGAAAAGCUGCCUAUGACUGUGCCUUGACAAUUCAAACUCAACGAGGAGAGAAAUGGUGUGAACAACUUUAUAGCGCCAUUCGCAAAUCGGCAGGUAUUCCUCGUGAAAUCGUUGUUCGAAGUAUGAUGGGGCGUAUGCGUAUCUCUGCUGAUGUCUGCGAACCAAUCGCAUAA